AUGAAAGCGGAAGUAAGCCGGAGAGAUCCAAACAAAUAUUGCCAGUACCAUCGCACCCACGGCCAUGACACCAAUUACUGCUACCAGCUGAUCAGCGAAAUUGAAAGGCUGAUAAAGAGGGGACACCUCCGAAACUUUAUAAAAAAACCGGAAGGAGAGAGACCUCAGCAGAACCCCGCAGUGGAAAGGCCCCGAAGACUGGGAGUAGGGCCAGUGAAUGAUGGCUUUAGUGGAACCAUUAAUAUGAUUGUGGGAGGAACUCGAGGACGGAUGAGCAGGAGGGGAAAGAAGAGAAGCCGAGACGGGGAGGGAAGCAGCAGUGAAGUCAUGCAGGUGGUAGAGCAUUCCCCUGUGGUCAUCUCUUUCUUCCCUGAAGAUGCCCAUGGCAUUCAAAUGCCUCACAACGAUGCCCUUAUCAUCGAGGCUGUCAUCCACAACUACCGAGUUCGGAAGAUCCUGGUUGAUGACAAGAGCAAAGUAAACUUAUUGCCGUAUAGGGUCUUCCAGCAGAUGGGGAUACCAGAGGAGCAGAUGGUGCGAGAUCAAUCCCCGGUAAAGGGGAUCGGAGGAACUCCAGUAACCGUGGAAGGUAAGGUGAAUGUGGCCUUGACUUUGGGAGAGCCACCCCUGUCUCGGACUCAUUAUGCCGUGUUCUUGGUAGUGAAGCUCCCACUAAGCUACAGCUGGGAAGGCCUGUGCUGUAUGACUUCGAGGUGGUGA